AAGAGAAGAUUCAGAUAAGUUUUUACUCUUGAAAACGAAAGACUUUGUUAGUUUAUGAUUUAAAGAAUCGCUAAUAAAAGAUGGUUAUACCAUAUAAAACAUUAAUUUUUGUGCUGGCUGUUUUGCACUUUAUCGCUGCAGAACAAGUUAAUUUGACUGAUACCCAAGCAAGGAGAAAACGUGGCAAUAACGCAGGAAAUAACCUUGUAAAGGAAUUUUUAAAAUCAAACUUAAUACACAAUAAUGUACGCAGCAACACAUUGCCAAUACAAUAUUGUCAGCGUGGAAGCAGACGAACAAAGCGUCAAUUGCCUCAGGGUCAUGACAUGUUCGAUCGUAUUGUUCAAGAAUUGCGUGCCGCCGCCAUCAAUCAACCCAAUCAACCGUACUGUUCUAACAGGGAUAUGAGACCGUACAAUGACGUUUAUUUUCCUUUCGAAGAAAUAAUUGAACGAAAAGAUAUUGAUAGAGUCAAACAACCACUUUACGUUACCAAGUAUAUGAAAGCAACUAUAAAAAGCUCUCAUGCCGGCCGUCGACGUAUCGCUAUUCCCAAACAUAUACAAGAUUAUUUGGAUCUCGUUGGUUUCAUACAUGGUCGAGGAAAUCGCGACCCAAAUGCCGACCAAGUUGGUCAUUUGUUGGCUUAUUCCUUGGGCGGAACUAACGAUGAUACCUUCAAUUUUGCUCCACAGACCACACGACUCAACACACAGGCCGAAGGUUCUUAUUCCAUUUGGUGGGGCGAAGAGAGGGUCAUGAGUGAAUUUUUGAAGGCUAAACCCAAUCGUAAGAUAAAUUGGGAAUUACUUGUCUUGCACCCGCCAUUGACGGCAACCGGAGACUUGCGUUUGCGGCCAAUCGGUUUCUGUAUGCGACACAUAAAUUACAAUGAACAUGGUGUCAUGGUUGAUAAUUAUAAUAAACCAAUCCGUCAACGUGAUUCUGUCCUGUGCUUCAGCAAUGACGCUCAAGACGAGUGUCGAUACGAGACAUUGUGAACAUAAUUUCUUAAUUGCAUGAAUCAUUUCAUGAUUCACAAUUCAUGAUUCACGUUUCACGAUUCAUGAUUCAUGA